UGCCCGCACCGGGCACAGGGGCAGCGCCGGGCUUUAAAAGGCAGCGCGAGGCUCGCGCCCGCACGGGACAGGCCCCCGACGAGAGUCUCUUGAGAAAAUCGCCCUUGGUGGUGCGCGUUGGCCUCUGGGCAGCAGAUUUAUAAAGAAGACGACCUUCUUCUAGAUUUAUUUUUUUCAAUUUCUUCUGUAGUUCACAACAUCUCAAAAUGGAAGCCUAAAAUCCUUAAAAGGGACUCAGUCUAAUCUCGGGAGGUAGUUUUGUGCAUGAAUAAACAAAUUAAUUGUUAGCUAGUGAUUUGCUAUACUAUCCAAAGAAAGUUAAUUAAAAAAAAUACAAUCUAGUUAUAUGAAAAGUGACUGUAAAGCAUUUGGUUUUGGAUUUGAUUUCUAGAAGUACAGAAGUGAUUAUAGCUCAGAAAUAUUAUUGAAGCACUUUUUUCCAAGUUAGGUAGGCAAUCUACAGCUGGCUGCUGUGUAGAAUACAAAACAGUACCUGUGUUUGGCAAAGAUUUAAAAAUGAGUGACAAUCAUCUAGAACAAAGAGUUAGUAUUCAAUCAACUGCAAAAUUAGAGAAAUAUGCAGAUGAAGCCUGUGACAUGUUAAAAGACUUAUGCAGUGACCAAGAGUCUCGAGAACAAACCCUUUCAUUAGAAACAACAAAUUUAGAUACAACGAAGAUAAAUGUGACGAAUGUGAAAUCAUCUUCUCAUGUACAAGAUCAUUGAUAUUUUCAAAGUCUAAAAUUUAGUGUGUCCAAAUGGUUUAUUAUAUCUGAGAAUGUGAAUGGUGGCUGAAUGGCUACAUUUUUGUAACUGAAAAUUCAUAUAAAGACAGUGAUGAAUACAGAGAUUAUCAUAACAGUAUAUAAAAUUUUUGACCAGUGAAAGGAGUAAUGAAGUUAGUAGACCCAAUAACUUAACCUUUGACAGAAAUAAUCAGUGGUAAUGAGAUGUGAUAUUUCUCCUGCCACCUUGAAGUGGUUGAAGACUGCAGUAGAAAACCCUGAGGUCUGUGAGAUCCAGAAGUCUUGACAGUAAAUCUCUAGGAAGACGAUAAGGACUCGUUCACUGCUCAUUGCCAGCCCUGUCAACACAGAGCCUCUUUCCUAAUGGCUAGUAAGGCAUAAUGGGGAAAUUCUGAUUUUGAGAAGAUCUCUGCUGUUCCAAUGGUUAGGUAAAUUUUUUUUUUUUAUUUUUGUCAUCACAGAUUCUGGUUCAAGGUAUGCCAUCUGUGAAAUAAUCUCUGACUCAAAUUUGUGCCGGUGUAUACCUGGCACUUGGUGACUUUUGACUGUUCUAAAAUAUAAAUUUACUUUCAUAAGAGAAGAUUUUUAUGUUGGCUCUGGAAACAUAAAAAAAGUUCGAAAGUGUUUUUAGCAGGUGAUUGAGUAACUCUACUCAAUGUUCUUUGAAGGAGACAAAAAUAAAAAAUCUUGGAAAUUUUUAUUAUUUUAUAGCUGUAUCUAAGUUAUCUUAAGAAUUUUUCAAACCAGGAAACAUAAUGUGUAUCAUCAUUCUGAUUUUCCAAAAAUAAUCUGAAUAUAGUAAUGAAGUUCUACUUUGCUAUUGGUGGUGUGGCAGAAUCUCUAUUUGCAGCUCCUCUUACUACUAUAAUUAUAAAGGACUUUCCUAAGUGCUAGCCAAUUAUAUUGUCAGAAUGAGAAAAUCGUAACAUUGAAUAAGUUCGACAGCAGGAAGCUGAGUCCAAAAGACAAAAUUAACAAAUAAAUUAAUCUCUAAUAAUUUAUUUAAGUAGAAUACUUAAUUAUUUAAGCUCACUGUGACUAAACAAAACCAUGUUCCUACAGAUCUAUACGGAAGUUACUAUUACUUACUAAAUCUUUUUCUUAAUUUAAUUAAUGAUCUUUAAAAUUUGUCACGUCUACUUAAUAAAUCUUGAAAUCAAGUUUUAAGAUAUAUCAGCCAAUUCCGUUACUACUUAAGCUCUUUGUUUUGAGGGAAAUCAUAGAUUUUUUUUUCUUUGUGUUAAAAUGAUUGUAGGAAAACAAGUACUAAUUUGGGAAAAAUUGGGGGUAUGCCAUAUUUCACUGAAUCUAAGAUGUCAUCAAUUAUAAAUCACACCAGUAUUUUAUGUACCUCUAAGAAAAAUUUAACAAUGCUGCUAAUUAAAACAUGAUAUGCCAUUAAUUAUAAGAUACCUCUUAAUAACAGAGAUACUAAAACAGGCAUCUUACGAUCAGUGAAAUACGGUAAUGCAUUGUUUUGAGAUAGGUCUUACACUGUUUUUUUUCUGGCUACCGAACUUCACAAUUUCCAAAAAAGCAAAUAAACAUGAUUUGACUAUUUUUGCUGUGGGGGCAUUUGUGGAGCAUAGCUCCCCAUUUUAUCAUGGGAUUGGCUGAGUCCCACUGGAGUAUUCUUGUGGCCUGGAGAGGGUGACCCACCCAGGAGACACGUGACACUAAAUGGCCUCCUGACCACCUAAAACACUGUAGGUUCUAUGGAGGGUUUGAUUUCCCCACAGGUUUACACUGUGUGUAUAAAGAUGAAGCAAAGGUGCGGCUGGUGCAGAUCCCCCCUUCAGACGUGUCAGUGCAGGACUUAGAAUCUCUGCAGGCUGAAACCCUAAAUGCCCAGUAGAGAAAGAUGUCAGUUACUCAUUCUAAGUGUUCCGCCUCGUACUAAAACUAAGCAAAGCAAAGGGCAUGCACAAAACUACCUCCCCAGAGAAAGGCUAGUCCCUUCCCCCAUCCAUUUCAUUAUGAACAUAAUAGAAAAUAGCACAUUCUUAUCAAAUUUGAUGAAAAGCGCCAACGUGUUUGAAUUGAAGUAUGACUUUUCGUGUGAACUGUACAGAAUGUCUACGUAUUCCACUUUCCCCGCUGGUGUUCCCGUCUCAGAAAGGAGUCUUGCUCGAGCUGGUUUUUAUUACACGGGUGUGAAUGACAAGGUCAAAUGCUUCUGUUGCGGCCUGAUGCUGGAUAACUGGAAACAAGGAGACAAUCCUACUGAAAAGCAUAAAAAGUUGUAUCCCAGCUGCAGCUUUGUUCAGAAUCUGAGUUCACGGAACCAUUUGGAAGCUGCUUUUCAGCCUGCUUUUCCUUCUUCAGUAACAAGUCCCACACAUUCAUUACUUCCAAGUUUGGAAAACAGUGGAUAUUUCAGUGGCUCGUAUGCAAGCUUUCCAUCAAGUCCUGUAAACUCCAGAGUAAAUCAAAAUCUUUCUGCUUUGAGGACAAGUCCUUCCCACUGUUCCAUGAACACUGAAAAGGCCAGAUUGCUCACUUACCAGAUGUGGCCCUUGACCUUUCUGUCACCAAGAGAUCUGGCAAAAGCAGGUUUUUACUACAUUGGACCUGGAGACAGAGUGGCUUGUUUUGCCUGUGGUGGAAAAUUGAGCAACUGGGAACCAAAGGACGAUGCUAUGUCAGAACACCAGAAACAUUUUCCCAAUUGUCCGUUUGUAGAAAAUCGGCUUCGAGACACUUCAAGAUACGCUGUUUCUAAUCUGAGCAUGCAGACGCACGCAGCUCGCGUUAAAACCUUCUGUAACUGGCCCUCUAGCCUUCUGGUUCAUCCUGAGAGGCUCGCAAGUGCAGGUUUUUAUUAUAUGGGCCACAGUGAUGAUGUCAAAUGCUUUUGCUGUGAUGGUGGACUGAGGUGUUGGGAAUCAGGAGAUGAUCCAUGGGUGGAGCAUGCCAAGUGGUUUCCAAGUCUAUUGACUCAUUUUUAUUGCAAUGGGCAAGAUAAGAAUUUACAUUCUAACUUAUAUACCUUUUUUCUGCAGCUGUUAUCCACAUCAGACCCUCCUGAAGGUGAAAAUGCAGAGUCAACCAUUGCUCAUUUUGAACCCGGAGAAGACCAUUCAGAAGAUGCAGUCAUGAUGAAUACACCUGUGGUGAAAGCCACGUUGGAAAUGGGCUUUAGCAGAAGACUGGUAAGACAGACAGUUCAGAGCAAAAUCCUAACAACUGGAGAGAACUAUGAAACCAUCAAUGAUCUUGUAUUAGAUUUACUUAAUGCAGAAGAUGAAAUAAGAGAAGAGGAGAAAGAAAGAGCAACUGAGGAAAAGGAAUCAGAUGAUCUGUCAUUAAUCCGGAAGAACAGAAUGGCACUUUUUCAGCAUUUGACUUGUGUGAUUCCAAUCCUGGAUAGUCUCCUAACUGCCAGAGUCAUUAAUGAGCAGGAGCAUGAUGGUAUUAAACAGAAAACACAGACAUCUGUACAAGCAAGAGAACUGAUUGAUACUAUUUUAGUAAAAGGAAAUAGUGCAGCCACCAUAUUCAGAAACUCUUUAUAUAAAGUUGACCCCACAUUAUACCAGCAUUUAUAUGUACAACAGAACAUAAAGUAUGUUCCCAUGGAAGAUGUUUCAGAUCUACCAAUGGAAGAACAAUUGCGGAGACUACAGGAAGAAAGGACGUGUAAAGUGUGCAUGGACAAACAAGUGUCCGUAGUGUUCAUUCCUUGUGGUCAUCUCGUCGUGUGCACAGAGUGUGCCCCUUCUCUAAGAAAAUGUCCUAUCUGUAGGGGUACAAUCAAGGGGACAGUUCGCACAUUUCUUUCAUGAAGAAGACCCAAAACUUUGUCUCUACUUUAUAAUUUAACAUACUUUAAUUUUUAUACUUAUUUGAUUUCCUUAAGUAUUUUAUUUAAAACUCAGAAAAAAUUUCUUUUAUAUAAAUAUAUGAAUACAUUAUGUAUCUAAAACUUAUGGACAUACAUAUUUUAGAUACCAAGGGAAUGAUAGGCUUUGUUCCUGUGGACAAAAAAUAGAGCUAGCACCACAAAUGCAAUACUCAAUCAAAAUUUCAGCAUUAUUGAAAGUGUAAGUGGAGUAAAAUUUAAGAUACUUGAGUUUAUCUUUUAGAAUUUUAAAUAUUUUGGAGUUGUAUUAAGAUCCAGAAACACAAUUCUCUGCCUUUUUUGAUCUGUGUCCUAUACAUAGACAGUCCUUUAUUGUUGAGUGACUUUAUAGGGACAUGGUAUUUUUGUUAAGAAUUCUGUAAGGAAUAAUUUAAUAAAGCAACAAAACAUUACUUUUUUCUUCAUUUCUUCAUUACUUUACUUCUACAGUAUUGGAUAGUUUGGUCACUCCCAGGCUCCUCCUGUACUUCCUUAAGACCUCCUGAAUAUUGAACUACUGUUUAUAGUUCUUCCUAGAAGAUGCUUCCUCAUUUAAACAUGGAGAGGACAGGGGUCAACCACGUGUCUUGAAUGUGCAGGAUUUUAUGGGACGCCUGAGACAAAAUCAAACAAUCCUCUCAGUCACUUUGUUUAUUCACUUGCCUAUUGAUUUAUUCAGGAAGUCUUGCACCUACCCAAUGGGGAGAGACCUUAAAUUUGUUCUUACCACUUUGGUAUUAAUUCUGGGACCUAGAAAGUAUGUCAGCCAGCAACUCAUGGGACAAACAGCUUUUCUGCUGAAUAAAUCUGUUCUAUAUUGUCAGUGCAGCAGAAUUUCCUCCUUUGCAUGAUUUUUUUGGCACUCAACAUGUGCAAUUCAUAAUUCUCUAUCCUACAAAGGGAUUAGGGCCGUCGGGCCAGAAGUAAGACUACACUAGGGAGUAUUCUGGGGGAAUGUAGGCAAAGUCUAAUCAUCUGAAAAAAGUCCUACGUGUCUGCGUAGGGGUGGAAAGGUGUUGAUCCCUUUCUUUCCUUCCAUAACAGUCACAGCUGACACUCUUAUGACAA